CAAGCGUACAGUGUUGAAUUUUAGAGGUUGUCACGUCCUGUGUGACAGGCCUUUCUUCACUCUAGCGGCUACGUGUCCCACCUAGUGAUCUGAAAAUGCGGGUCGCUCUUCUCUGCGCCGCUCUCCUUGGCGCGCUUGCUCUUGUUCGUGCGUCGGAUGAUCCUACUGUGUCGCUGCCUGGAGUCCUUGAUUUGACCCCUGAGACGUUCGACAAACACGUUAAUGGCGCAAAGCAUGCCAUCGUCGAGUUCUACGCUCCAUGGUGCGGCCACUGCAAGCGCAUGGUGCCGGAGUACAAGAAGCUGGGCGAGCUUGUCGCUGCUGAUCCCAAGCUUAAGAACCAGGUUGUUAUUGCCAAGGUCAACGCUGAUAACCACCGGAGCCUCGGCGAGAAGUUCGACGUCCGUGGCUUCCCGACAAUCAAGUACUUCGCGCGUGGCAAGCCCGCCAGCAAGGACACUGUCCAGGACUACCAGCAGGCCCGCACUGCCACUGCUUUCCUGGAGUUCCUGAAGGAGAAGCUGGCUGCUGACAAGGGCUUCGCACGCGUCGAGGCGCUGGACCCUAUUGCCAAGAAGUUCGUGGAGGCUGAGGACAAGGCUGCCGUUAUUGCUGAGGCUGAGACUGCUGCUGCGGCCCUGACGGCUGAGGACGCAAAGGCCAACGCUGCCGUCUACGUCAAGGUGAUGCAGAAGGCCGUGGAGAAGGGUGUUGGAUACCUGUCUAAGGAGAAGGCUCGCCUGGAUAAGAUGCUGGCGGGCGGCAGUGUCGCGGCCGCCAAGGUUGAGGAGAUGAGCCGCAAGUCCUCCGUCCUGGGCGCUUUCCUGGACGAGGACGAUGAGUAAACACAAGGAUUGUACAGCUGACAAUCGAAAAGUAGUCCAGCGCGGUGUGGACAGGUGCACCAGCACUACUGUGCAUCUUUUCCAUGUUCCGGUAAUGUUGUCACUGGACUGGUGAUGUGAAGUUUGAUCGCGCGCGACGUGCGCGCGCUCGGGGUUUUGAGGUUUGCGCAAGUAUAUGGCACUUCUCAUCGGGUGCAGGUAGAGUUGCGACGUGUCCCGCACUUCGACGUCUCCACCGUUUGGUAUUGGGCGUGCGAGUUCAUUGCGGGAUUUGAGCAUUUCGCGAUGCCAUCUACGAUGUGGCAAUGCUGCACGAACCUGUAAAUUUACACAAGAAAA